UGAUGGGUUCUACUCAGCCCAAUCGUGUUCAUCAAAAGGGAAAGAAAAUUAGGGUAGAUGAUGAUGACUACAUACCGUCAGAUCAUGAGGAUGACACUGAUGCUGAGUCCUUUGAAAGUGUUGACGAUGAGGGCUUACCAAUGCCACCAAAACGAUUGGCGCAGUCAUCUCUUCAACCUUCGCACGAGGCAAUUGUUGUUCCAAAUGGGGAUUUACAUGACAAUGUGGAUACCCAACACUCACAGCCACUUGAUGUCGAUAUGGAGGCACCGAGGGAGGCAGCCCCCCAAUCUAGUGUCGGUAAGAUACUGAAUUUUACUAAGCUAAACAAAUUCUUUGUUUUAAUAUAAUUCUAUGGUGCAAAAAAUUUCAAGCAAUUUGUUUCAUAGGGAUUGAUUUUUUAUUUUUUAUUUUAGUUUUGGUCUCACUUGUAAUUUUUUGUCAUAUAACACACAAAGUUAACAUCUCUAUUGGAGAUGCUCUUAGUUUUCAAGCAUUCCUAGUUCUUUGAACA